GACCCAGCAGUAUGUUUCUGCCCCGAGAAUGCCUCCAUAGCCUUGGGAGAUGCCCGCUGAAGCUCCUUGAUCUAGCCGUCUUAUCUCUACCACCCCCCGGCGCUAUGCCGACAACCAGCUCAACAAGGUGUCGUCCACCAUCACGCAGCACAAGUCGCAGGGUGCCUCGCAGGCCAUGCUAUACGCCACCGGCAUGACGGAGGAGGACAUGUCCAAGGCUCAGGUGGGCAUCUCGUCUGUGUGGUAUGAAGGCAACCCUUGCAAUAUGCACCUGCUCGACCUCUCGGCCCGCGUGCGCGAGAGUGUGGCGCGGGCCGGCCUCGUUCCCAUGCGCUUCAAUACCAUUGGCGUCUCCGACGGCAUUAGCAUGGGCACCACGGGCAUGCGCUACAGCCUACAAAGCCGCGAGAUUAUUGCCGACAGCAUUGAGACGGUUAUGCAGGGGCAGUGGUACGAUGCCAACAUUUCUCUGCCGGGCUGCGACAAGAACAUGCCCGGUGUGCUGAUCGCCAUGGGCCGUGUCAACCGGCCCAGCAUCAUGGUGUAUGGUGGCACCAUCAAGCCGGGUUGCAGCCAGGCUGGCGAGCCCAUCGAUAUUGUUAGCGCCUUCCAGGCCUACGGCCAGUACAUCGCUGGCGAUAUCAACGAGAAGCAGCGCUUCGACAUCAUCCGGAAUGCCUGCCCUGGAGGCGGCGCGUGCGGUGGCAUGUACACGGCCAACACCAUGGCGUCGGCAAUCGAGACGCUCGGAAUGACGCUACCUGGUAGCAGUAGUUUCCCGGCCGAGGACCCGACCAAGCUAGCCGAGUGCGACAACGUCGGCGAGGCCAUCAAGAACCUGCUUCGGGAGGACAUCCGGCCAACUGAUAUUCUCACAAAGAAGUCGUUCGAAAAUGCUAUGAGAGUCGUGACAAUCCUUGGCGGUAGCACCAACGCAGUGCUGCAUCUUAUUGCCAUUGCCAACAGUGUUGGCAUCAAGCUUACCAUUGAUGACUUCCAGGCUAUUUCGGACAGCACGCCUUUCCUGGCCGACCUCAAGCCGUCGGGCAAGUAUGUUAUGGAGGACCUGUUCAAGAUUGGUGGCACACCCGGCUUGUUGAAGUUCCUGCUCAAGGAGGGCAUCAUUGACGGGUCGGGCAUCACUGUCACCGGCAAGACGAUGAAGGAGAACGUCGAGUCUUUCCCCGACUUCCCCAGCGACCAGCUCAUCAUCCGCCCCCUGAGCAACCCAAUCAAGGCCAGCGGCCACAUUCAGAUCCUGCGCGGGUCUCUCGCCCCCGGUGGCUCCGUCGGCAAGAUCACAGGCAAGGAGGGCCUGCGGUUUGAGGGUAACGCCAAGUGUUACGACUUCGAGGACGCCUUCAUUGAGGCUCUCGAGCGCGGCGAGAUCAAGAAGGGCGAGAAGACGGUAGUGGUAAUCCGUUACGCGGGCCCCAAGGGCGGCCCCGGCAUGCCCGAGAUGCUGAAGCCCAGCGGCGCCAUCAUGGGCGCCGGUCUCGGCAAGGACGUUGCCCUGAUCACGGACGGGCGCUUCUCGGGCGGCAGCCACGGCUUCUUGAUUGGCCACAUCGUCCCCGAGGCCAUGGAGGGUGGUCCCAUCGGACUGGUCCGGGAUGGCGACAAGAUCACCAUUGACGCGGAGAAGCGGGCCCUCGACCUCGAGGUUGCACAGGAGGAGCUCGACAGGAGGAGGAAGGAGUGGAAGGCCCCUCCAGCCAGAGCGACCAAAGGCACCCUCGUUAAGUAUGCCACGCUCGUCAGCGAUGCCAGCCACGGGUGCGUGACGGAUGGUGUGCUCUAAACGGCCCUACCAUGCCGCGGCGGGUGGGAUGCACGUUGGGUGCUUGAUAAGAUAACUUGGCUGUACAUAUUCUGGGCCCUGUCGGUUUAUUCUCUCAAAGUUCGUUUCCUUUGUUCGGCAUGGAAAAAAGUAUGGGCGCUUACCGGAAGAUUUUGGUAUGCACUUUGCGUGUUGGCCCAGCCAGCAUAAAUAUCUGUCAUUACAAAACAAAUCUUUGUAACUUCUUUAUUCAC